CACAAAAUCUCCACAGCAGUUUUUUACUUGUUUAAAUGCUUUUCCAAACACAAAACAGCCAUUAUAUUACAUACAUCACUUCAGAUGCCAUUUUGUGCUGAUCCCUGGCACCUCCCUUCAACAAGAUCAUGCAAGUUGUGAACAGCAGCAGGCUGUGAUUUCCUGAGUGCCAAUGUAUCCAAGUCACAGCAACAAAUUAUGACUGUAUAAUCAUGUAAUCAUCUUGACCUGGCCUUACACCAAAGACAGCAUAACUCAAUUGGCCUUAUUGUCUUUGUGUGUGUGUGUAAUCAUACUGUACAUGUUUGUAAAUCCUUGCAGGUAUAAAUAAGUGGCUUUUUUUUAAAAACCAGAGAUUAUCUGUUGCUAAGACUCCCUUCUUCUAAAGUGACAUGUACAUGCUGAGUGUUUGACCAACAAACCAUUAUCCACACUCCAUUAAAUCAAUCAUUUCUGCUACACAUAGCAACACAUACAAUGAGCCACUGUUGACACAGUUAAAAGCUUUUACUAGAAUAUGUCACCCUUAUUUUUUUACUUCUAAAACUGCUUUUACUGUGUAGCAGCUGUCACAGUGGUCCCUACCUCGGCAGUUGAGUGACUUAUGGAGAGUGCCACAAGAGAUGAGAUGGUCUGCAACCAGACAGCUGCAUGGGACUGGGUUUACACCAUGCAGCCUGCUUACAUGUCCAUCAUCUGCUUUCUUGGCGUGAUAGGCAACUCCUUUGUGCUCUGCGUGUUCUGUCUCCAGAGGCGCCACAGCUCUGUGGCCGACAUCUACCUGAGCAACCUAGCUGCGGCUGAUCUCCUCAUGGUUUUGUGUCUGCCAUUUUGGGUGACAACCAUUAUCCACAAGUUCCACUGGAGGUUUGGGGAGCCCAUGUGCCAGCUUAUCAACAUUGUCAUUGGGAUGAAUUAUUAUUGCAGUGUGCUGUUCAUAACAGCUGUGAGUGUGGACAGGUACUUGGCUCUUACCAGACCGCUGUCCCAGGGAAGAAAGAGACAAGCCUUCUGGGCACGUGGGAUUUGCUUCAGUAUUUGGAUUGCUGGGAUCUUGCUCAGCUUCCCUGCUCUCCUCUUCCGCUCUGUGGAAUACUUCCCUGAUUUGGGCAUUUACGCGUGCUAUGUAGCAUACCCCCAUCAAGGCUGGAGACUGCGCUACAAUAUGACUGUCAACAUAGUAGGCUUUCUUAUCCCUGUUCCUAUUGUAUCCUUCUGUAGCCAGAAGCUGAGAAAAUACAGCAGAAAUAGUGUGGAGAGGAAGGCAGAAUACCUUGUACUUGUUGUUCUGGCUGUGUUUAUCCUUUGCUGGCUGCCCUACCAGAUCCUGAUCUUCUUGGACACCUUGUAUUACUAUAACAUCAUCUCUGGAUGUACAUGGGUGCAUGUGUUGGACAUUAGCAACCAGUUAACUACUUACCUUGGGUACAGUAACAGCUCGUUGAAUCCUUUUCUGUAUGUGAUUGUGGGGAAGCACUUCAAGCGAAGG